CUUUUUUAUCAGCUUAUGUCACAUUUCCUGUGCUCUUAACUCGCCCACCCAAUCUCUCUCUCUCUCUUUGUCUCCAUUUCUAUCUGUAUAAGCUAAUUUUAAUUUAUAUAUAAAAAAGAAACAAUUAUUAUUAAUUAUUAUUGUUAUUUUUGGUUUUGCAUUUUAUUAUGCAGUAGACAAGAAAGAAAAUGAGAUAGAUUCCAGAGAGCUCUCUUUAUCUCAUUCUAAAAACCCUCGGUGGAUUGUGCUGCAUAUUUUUGUUUGCUGACUUCUAAAUUCAGAUUGGAGUUAAUUGAGUCUACAGAGGAUAUUAAAUUUGCAACAUGGGUUACAUUUGUGAUUUUUGUGGAGAUCAAAGGCCUAUGGUCUACUGCCGAUCAGAUGCUGCAUGCUUAUGUUUAUCAUGUGAUCGAAAUGUUCACUCUGCCAAUGCUUUGUCAAAGAGGCAUUCACGUACCCUGUUAUGUGAAAGAUGCAAUUCACAACCCGCAUUAGUUAGAUGUGCUGAAGAAAGGAUCUCCCUUUGUCAAAAUUGUGACUGGAUGGUUCAUGGCAACUCUACCUCAACUUCUGCACAUAAGAGGCAAACAAUCAGUUCUUACUCUGGCUGUCCAUCGGCUGCUGAGCUUUCUUCAAUAUGGUCAUUUGUUUUAGACUUUCCCGCUGGUGGUGAAUCUGCUUGCGAGAAGAUGGGAUUGAUGAGCAUUGAUGAAAAUAGCUCCACUAGUGCAUGGGAUAUUCCAGAAAAUGUCAUUAGCCAAAAUGCAAACCGGGCUACUGCUGUUGCUGAGUCAUGUGAAACAGCUAAACGCAACCAUUAUCUCGAGACUCCUUCAAUACCUGAAUUGAUCUCUAUGCCAAACAAUAUAGAUCAGCCCGGAUCUGCAAAGGCACCUUUGCCAAAGUUAUUCUGUCCUGGAAUAAAAGGCUCGGCACUUUGUGAAGAUGAUGAUCUGUAUGAUGACUUUAAUAUGGAUGAAAUGGAUUUGAAUCUUGAAAACUAUGAAGAACUCUUUGGUGUUACCCUUAAUAAUUCAGAAGAGCUUUUUGAGAAUGGUGGGAUUGAUAGUUUGUUUGGAACAAACGACAUGUCUGCUGCUGAUUCUAACUGUCAGGGUGCAGUUGCUGCUGAGGGAUCAUCUAUUGGACUGGGUAACACUACACAGCCUGCAUGCAGCAAUGCUGCAUCUGCUGAUUCCAUGAUGAGUGCUAAAACUGAACCAAUCCUUUGUUUCACAACAAGGCAAGGCCAUUCAAGUCUCUCAUUUUCUGGCCUUACUGGAGAGAGUAGUGCUGGAGAUUAUCAAGAUUGUGGGGCAUCUUCGAUGCUUCUAAUGGGAGAACCUCCAUGGUGUCCCCCCUGCCCUGAGAGUUCCUUUCCAUCUGCUAACCGGAGUGAUGCUGUAAUGCGUUACAAGGAAAAAAAGAAGACACGCAAGUUCGAGAAGCGAGUGAGGUAUGCCUCACGCAAAGCAAGAGCUGACGUGAGAAGACGUGUGAAAGGGAGAUUUGUCAAAGCUGGUGAUGCUUAUGAUUAUGACCCACUGAGCCAAACCAGAAGCUACUGAGAGUACAAUUUUUAUGCAUGCUUUUAGAGAGAACUGAAUAUAGAAAAACGAAAGAAAUCGAGGUUUAGAUCAAGAGAAUCAAUUAUUAUUACAUAAACCGCUGGCUGAAUUAAUGCGUGAUUUUCCUUUGUGCAAUGACAAGAUAUAUAUAAUUGUAUCACAGGAGGAAAAAAAAAGGUGGAUGUGAAAGAGCUGGUUUCUCGUGCUUCACCAAUAAAGUUUGGACGCACAAGUUUCAAUCACCACAGAGACAAAGAUACACGUUUUGUUCGACGUUAUCCAACAAGGUCAACAUAAAUCGAUUGCCUUGCCUAAAAACUAUGAAUUUUGAUUUCCUUUCUGCUUCCUCGAACAACUUCCAUUCAGUUCUCUAUGGAAAGGGAAAUAUUUAAUUGUGCAGCUAUAGAAAUGCUCAAUGCCGAUUAUGUGGAUUAUUAAUCUCCUAGCUUCUUGCUCUGGUGACUUCCAUAAAAGCGGCUCCCCCAGCAUGGUGGGUCACUGAACUCUUUGUUGCUUGAUUGACAAAACAAUCUUGCACUUGUAAUUUUUUUUUUUCUCACUUUCUUUUCCGUUGGAUAUGUAUAGUUAGAAGUAUAUAAUUUUAGUUGAGGGUAUGUCUGGCUCAAACAGUUACAGUUAUAAAAUCUGAGAAAAAGAAAAAGGAAAGAAAAGCUUGCAGUUGCAAUAUUUUUGCCCUUUCUUUUUGGUGGACACAUAGCAAAAGAUGAUUAUACGUAUUCUGGUGAUGGGGUAGUUUUCAAGUGUUAAACACAAGACAUUACUUUUAUUUUACUUUAAGACAGAAGUAAAUGUUUUAUUUGAUA